AUGUCGCUUUCAUCGCAAAUAAUUGCAACUCCAUCUCAAACCACUCAUCGUGAGAUUCGUCAAAUAUUAUCACGACACUGGAGGGCAAUAGAUCGAGCACGACUUCAUACGUUUCACUUAUGGCUUUUAUUAUUUUCUAUUACGCAAAUAGCGAUUUUCAACUAUAUAAUUCCAAAGGUUUUACUUCACUGGUCAAUUGCUUGCUUUAUUCUCGCAAUAUUUUUUAUUAUUUAUAUAAUAUUCAGCUCGAUAACUAUUCGAUAUGUGGAAGAGGUUAAUUUUAAAUCAUUUUUUUCUUACUACUUGAAUGAUGGUAGGAUACCAUCUUUAUCAGCCCUGUGUAGUGGGCUAUGUAUGACCACAAUAUUUCAAUUUUUUAUUCUUCCGCGCCAUCGACGUCUAUUUUUUAUCAUAUCUGUUGCUUGGAAUAUUUCUCAUAUUGUUCUUGUGGCGUUUUUUCUAUAUCAGGCCACAUUAUCAAUAAUAGGAUCUAUAGCUGACUCAAGUGAAGCUGGAAAUAGAGCUGAAAUCGCAAUGAAGCUAAGCGAAGCAGUGCAUCGAAGAACACAACUGGAAUCGCUUAAGGCUCGACAGGAUCAAUUACUCUUGUCUUUGAUACCUGCCUAUCUAACAGAUAAGGUUAGCAAAGCGAUUGUAGCUUCUUCAUCAGAUAAUGGCAAAAAUAGCAAAAACCAUAAACUUUUUCACGAUCUUCAUGUUCAAGUACACAAUAACGUCAGUAUUUUGUUCGCUGAUAUCGUAAACUUCACAGUGUUAGCUGCACAGUUAAAUGCGAAAGAGUUGGUGCGAACUUUAAAUGAACUUUAUUCCAAGUUUGACUGCGAUGCACAGAAACUGCAAUGUAUGCGAAUAAAAUUUCUUGGUGAUUGUUAUUACUGCGUUAGCGGAAUGCCUGUAAACAGGCCUAAUCAUGCAGAUAUGUGUGUGGUUAUGGGCCUAGAGAUGAUUAAAACCAUAAAGCAAGUUCGAGAUGCAACUGGAGUUGAUGUAAACAUGCGAAUAGGAGUUCAUACAGGUUCAGUACUUUGCGGAGUACUCGGACUUCGCAAAUGGCAAUUCGAUAUAUGGAGCGAUGACGUUACUCUGGCGAAUCAUAUGGAAUCAUCUGGAAUAGCAGGGGCUGUACACAUCACCAAAGCUACAAAAGAAUCACUCUUAGGUGAAUACAACAUUGUUGAAGCAUAUUCUAACGAUCCAACGCUUGUUGCGCUAGGCCUCCCUACUUAUCAUAUUCUGCCGGAUGAAAAAACUGCACCUCAAAGAACGGCAUCUAUUUACAAAAUCAUUGGAUAUGAUAAAAUGACAAAAUUUUCAAAAAACGGUUUUACUCGCUUAUCAAUGAAAUCAAAGGUAUCUAAAAUGGCGGAAGUUUGGGGUGCAGAAGCACCUUUUGUAGGAAUGCCGAAACGAAUUUCACCCCAAGCUGAAAGUGAAUCGCCUCAGGUAAAAGACCUUGCAAGAAGACCUCAGUAUUUGAAUACUGUGCAAAGUAUGACACUUAUUGAAAACAAUCUUGCGAAUUUUUCACUUAGAAAUUUUUUUUGUGUUGCAAAGAAACUAAAGAAUUUUUUCAGUUCAAAAUCAGUAAUAUGUGGUUUGUCCGACUGCAUAGUCCUCUUUUUUCUUCAUAUUUUGCUCAGAUGUAUUGUACAUCUUUCAACAGUUUUUGUACUCAAUCGAUUACCAUAUGCAUCUCGAUGUUUCUUUGUUGCGGCAGAUUUCACAGUUUUUAUUUUAAUUCUAUGCCUAUUUUCUUCAACUCAAAAUUCUCCUCAAACUACGGGCUAUACCUUGACCGUUAUUUGCGUUGAUAUGAUCUUCACUUUUUUACUGCUACUUUUUAUUGAUUGGAUUAUAAAUUAUGAGCGAAAGGUUGAAGCAGCAUGUAACGUUUCAUUCAAGAAUGAAGAACGUGAAGUAACAACAAUGCAGGAUAUCAAUAAAUUACUGAUCGAAAAUAUUUUACCAUCUAAUGUUGCUGUUAAAUUUCUUGACUCGAACCGAUUUGUAGAUGAUAUAUAUGCUCGAGGACAUGACAAUGUUUGCGUAAUGUUUGCAAGCAUCCCGAACUUUAAAGAUUUUUGGAGCGAAUGGGGUACAUCACGUAAGCUUGAAUGUCUUCGACUACUUAAUGAGAUUAUUUGCGAGUUUGACAAGUUAUUAUCGAAGCCAAAAUUUAGUUGUAUUGAAAAAAUCAAAACCGUAGCAAGCACUUAUAUGGCAGCAUCGGGUCUCAAUGAACAGGAAAAUUUCGAUGAUUACGCAUUUCGAAAUGCUUCAAUUAUGGUCGAAUUUGCAAUGGCAAUGAAUUCAAUCCUUGACCAACUCAAUCGAGAUUCAUUUCAGAAUUUUGAGCUGCGUAUAGGUAUGAGUUGUGGACCUCUUGUGGCUGGCGUAAUUGGUGCACAAAAGCCUCAAUAUGAUAUAUGGGGUAAUACGGUGAAUUUGGCCAGCAGAAUGGAUUCGUAUGGCGAACCACGUAAAAUACAUAUGACUAAUGAAAUGGCUAAAAUAUUACGAAAAGGAUGCUAUGUAAUGCAAAGCCGGGGUAUGAUGCGAGUUAAAGGUGUUCUUGAACCUAUUGAAACGUUUUUUCUUGAAUUGGAUUCGAAACGAAAUUCGGCCAUUAGUCUAAAUUCUUAA